AUGCCUUCAGACAUGAGCCUCACCGUGUCGGACUUUGACCCAGAACACGAAGCGCUUGCAUCAACGCGUGAAAUCAACAUGGACGACGAACCCGACUUCGCCAUCAACACCUCGACUAUUGACCGCGCCUUCCCCGAUUUCUCACAAUUGUCGCCCUCGGACGAAGACGAAGGACAAGCUGAGGACGAGUACUCGGAUCACAGUUUGUCAAUGGAGAUGGGACGCGGUGCUGGUAAGCCUCGUCGUGUGGACGACUCGCGCGACUCCGUGAUGAGCUUUGAAAACAGUGUCCGAUCUUCUUCACCUGCAGUUCGAGUCGAGUACCCAACUCCACAGAAGCAACAGCCUGUUCGAAACUCUACGCGACGCGCCGUGAGCGAAAACCUCCGCAAAGAUGCCCAAUUGCGCCGGGCGACCCAGGCACAGAAGGAAGCCAUGAGUCCGCAGGUUUCCAAGACUCAACGCGACCAGAAGCGCCGGACCCUGUCAGACAUGCACGAAAAAGUACGCGAUUCGUACGAUGGCUCCUUCUUGGGAGACGAGCGACCAGUUCAGGCACCAGUGCAUCCGCGAUCGACGCGUUUUGGUAAUCCGAACAACUCGCAAGAGAUUGCCGAGGCUCAACAACAACACUGGAGGAACCCCCGCAAGACAAGCUCUGCUCAGAACCACCCCAACAACACGAUGGGCGACACCAUGACUCGCCAGUCUUUCCUUCUUCCCGAUCUCCCCAACAUCUCCGAGCUUGUGUCUGGCGUUUAUGAGGAUGGUACACCUGUCUUCUCUCGCCAACAAAAGAUGCGCUCUACCCGAUUCGUCUCCCCUCCUCACGACGCGACAGAUGUCUCCGUGACUCGUCAGCACAUGCCUCUCGACGCCGUGCCCAUCCCCGACGACGAGAAGGCCUUAUUCGUCAACCUGCGACUGCUCCAGGAUAAGGUAUCGGAACUUCAGAUGUUCAAGUCGGAUGCAGAAAAGCGACUGGAAACCUACCGUGCAGAGAAUGCGGCUCUCAAGGCUGGCCGAUCUCGGCACUCUGAUAAAUACGGAGGCGAUGAUGGCGAAUAUAGAAAGGGAUCGAAGCGACUUAUCAGUGAUAAUCAAAAACUUGAGGCAGCCAACGUUGCCCUGCAAAACCAGCUUGAUAUCGCCGACCGCAAGGCCCAAGUACAAGACGCAGCAGUCAAGCGUCUGAACCAGGAUCGUGAAUCGGCCAUCUCACAACUUGGUGUUGCGUACCUCGAAAACCGCGAACUGAAAACCGAGAAUGAGGCUCUGCGACAGAAGAACUCAGACCUCCAGUCCCAACUGUCGCGUUUCUCGAGAGGCAAGGCUCGAGAGCAGGAUACUGGUGACUCCGAAGCAGUUUCUAGCGCAUCUGAGGCAGAUGACAGCCAAAUGUACACCGAGCGCAGUGGUGACAUGAGCCGCAGUACUCGCGACUUGACUUCGAAGAGCGCACACUCUAAUACCCGCAACCGACGCCAUAUGGAACCCCGAUCCAAAAUUUCCACUCAGGUUGACAAAGAGAUUUCAAGGCUGGAGAAGGAACGUGCUGAUGAAGCUUUGUUCUCCCUGGAUGUGCCCACCCCUAAGCGCACAGUGACCUCCAAGAAGAUUCGCUCGGAAGCUCCUCGAACAGAAUCUAAGGGCCCCAGAAAACAGCCAAAUACCAGCAAGCAGCGCGUGAAGCGGGUGGUUGUGGAGGAUGUGAGUGGACCCGUUGAGUCGACUGAGCAGAGCAAGGCCACAUCCGAGAUGGAUGAUGUUACUCUGCUUAGUGUCCUUGAUGUAAGUCACCGAUCAAAGGCGACUCCCAAAUCUGCAAUUGUUAACAAGAGUUCCUUCAAGGAGAAUGAAAUCUCUCGACUCCGCAGAACAUUGGAAGAGGAGAGAAAAUUACGCAAACAGCGUCGUUCCAGUGUCCCGAAGGACUCGACAGCGAAUGAAACCGCCAAUUCGACCCGACAGAGCAUCCUCAAGAAGUCGUCACUCCGCGAGCCAAAGGCAUCUAUUCCCCGACCAGCCUCGGCUACGGGCGAUCUCACCACGCGGUCAGUCGCUACCACUGAAGGUGAUGAGAGCCUCGUUGUUCCCACAGCAGAGCGUCCUCGCCGCCACUCCGACCAUUCAGUGGCCUCGGUGACUUCACGUACAAUGCGUGCACCAAAGGAGGAUAUGACAUCCGCAUUUAUCCUCCCCGAUAUCACACUGAGCCGUGCAGACCUGGCUGCCAGCAAACCCUCCCGGCUGCCGGAGUCGGCCCAACGAGCUCUGGAUGACCUUGCUCGGCACAACGGAAAGAACUGCACUGUUUGCAAGAACGUUCUGACUCAUGAUGGAGAAUGUGAUCACGAGCCCGUCAAGGUCCCCCAGCCUGUUCCUGUCUCUGAGCGUAUGCCAGAGCCAUCUGUUCAUAAUCCCGAGCCUACUAUGCGACCCUCCCAGCCACCCGCCGUCGCCCUUGCCAACGUGCUCAAGGCAUUGGAGGAUGAGCUGUCUCACCUGAAGAUGCAACUUGCUGGCUACCAGAGCGCAUACCACAAGCUCGAUGCAUCUGUUGGCAAGCGCCAGCGCAAGUCACUCAUGGAGAAGAUUGAGACUCUGCUGAAGGAGAUCGAUCAGAAGUCAGAUCAAAUCUAUGCCCUCUAUGAUGUCCUAGAGGACCACAAGACUGGAAAUCGAAUGACAGAGCGAGAGAUGGAGCAGACCCUGGAGUCGAUUGGAAUUGAUGUUACCAAAUCCGUUGACUUGGAUGAGGAAUCUGAGCUUCCCUGGGAAGGUAUUGAGAGUACUGCGGAACUGACUGGUCGGGCUUAG